AUGCAAAAGCAGCAAAAGCAAUUUUGUUACCGCAAGGAACAUCUUCAACAGUCCAGCCAGUUAUACAAAAUGCUAUGGACAUAUUCACAUCAUCCGGAACAGCUCAGCUACAAUUGGAAGAACAAUUCUGAGGGGAAUCAACAACUUGCAAAUUUCUCUUUUCAGACCCAACAACAUCAUGCUGUUUCUGCAUCCAACACAUCUUUUCAAUCAUCAAACGUUGGAAUUCAACAACAGCAGCCAUGGAGUUAUCAAGAAAGCACAAAACAAGAAGGCUAUUCAUCUGGAAACAACAUGAUGCAAGGUGAAAACAACAACACUUCUAUGCAGAUUUAUUCUCCGGAGUUUGCUAAUGUUCAAAUGAACACCACCAUGAUGAACAACAAUGGAGUUCAAUCUGAUUUCAACAAUUACCAAGCAGUACCACUGCAACAAGUUCAAACCUUGAGUAAGAAAUCAGACGAUGGAUACAAUUGGAGAGAUACGGACAAAAAACAAGUGAAAGGAAGUGAGAAUCCGAGAAGCUAUUACAAAUGCACGUACCCGAAUUGUCCAACGAAGGAAAAAGUUGAGAGAUCCGUCGAGGGACAGAUUACUGAGAUCGUUUAUAAGGGUACUCAUAAUCAUCCUAAGCCUCAAUCUACUAGGAAAAACUCGUCGAAUGCUCUCGUGAUUGUUCCUGCUAAUCCAAAUGGAAAUGAAAUCAUUGAUCAAUCAUAUGGAUCAUUUGGCAAUGGACACAACAACCAGCACAGCAGGUCCAAUCCCCUCCUUUCAACUUAG